GCCUUGAUUGGCCUUUACAGCACAGCGGCAAAGCAGUGGGGAACAGGUGAUGAUUGCCAUGGUGAUGACACCACAGAUGACUCCAGCCAUGCGAUGACCAAUGUAAGACUGCUGGAGAUGAGGGCCAGCAAGCUGGAGGAGCAGGUCAGGGAGCUCACGGUAAGAGCCUCGAUGGCGGUGAGAGUAAGGAGAAAGACUCUUUGUCUUGAUUGGUGCUACUCACAGCCGGCAUAGAUUUGUUUAGAUUUUUCCCUGGAAAUACAUAAUAUCAAUCAUGCAUGAUGUACUAUACUGUAUUGUAUUUCAGGAAAGAUACAAAAGAGUCCUGGCUGACUCUGACAACGUUAGAAAAAGAACUCAGAAGUUUGUCCAAGAUGCCAAGCUUUUUGGUGAGAUGUUUUUGUCUCCUACCCUGACAUCAUACUUAGUAUGGUCCAUCUACUUCAGUGGUAUUCAUUUUCGCCUGAAUUUCUGGGGACCCCAAUUUUUUUCCCGCAGAGUAUCUGCCGCAACCCAUCCCAAAUCUAAUGACACAACCUUAAAAUCUGUCAAUUCCUAUUUUUACAUCAACAAAUAACCUUCAAUUCACAACAUUUUCAUCUCACUUAUCAAAAUUAAAAGAAAAUACAUUUACUACAAAAUACAUUUACUCAAUAAAUGUUUUUUUCCCCCAAUGAUCGUUCUCAAAAAAGUUUGUAUAUUGUCCCAUACAAUAAUCUGUGGUCUUAAUUUUGUUUCCCAAAACAAUAUACCCCACUGCAAUUCCCCUGAGACCCCGACUUUGAAUACCACUGCUCUACUUUGUGCAGUUCUAAUUCCUCUCCCCUACCACCACUCAAACAGGGAUCCAGAGUUUCUGCCGUGAACUGGUUGAGGUGGCUGACCUGCUAGAGCAGACGACAGACGACCUGCAGGGCCAGAGGCUGCAGGGGAUCUUCACAAAGCACGGCCUGGAGAAGAUGAGCCCUGUUGGGGCUAAAUACGACCCCUACCAGCACGAGAUAGUGUGCCACACUCCUGCUGAGGGAGGGGAACCCAGCACCGUUACUGUGGUGAAACAGGAUGGGUACAAGCUCCACGGACGCACCGUUCGUCAUGCCCAGGUGGGCAUCGCUGUGAUGAAGCGGAGCAGGUCUAGGGCUUGUGCUAGUCUUCCCUCGCUCUUGUACUUCACUGUUGUCUGCACCUUACAGAUC